UUUCGGGCGGAGCAGACGCGCUGGCCGCACCGGAGACUUCCGAACGGGCCACAGGAGACAAGCGGUGAGGGUAGGUUAGAAUCCGGCUGCGAGGACCUUGAACACCGGACUGGGGUGGCUCCAGGUCCUUGGCAGUCGAGGGACAGCGAAGGGCGCGGGGUCUGGGCUCGUAGCCCUCCCCCGGCAGUUUGGGUCGGACGCCUGGGUCCUCCAGGCCCCUCCCUUAGGGGGCGGGGUUCGGCGUUCGGACCAAUGACCGGCCGUCCCUGGGGCCCCGCCCCUGCCCCGCCUCCGGAGCCGCGGCCUCGCAGAGUGCCCAACCGCCCGGCUCCCGGGCCUGGGCAGCUCGAGCGCCGAACCUUCGGCUGGACACCAAGAUGCCUGGCGAACAGCAGGCAGAGGAGGAGGAGGAGGAAGAGAUGCAGGAGGAGAUGGUGCUGCUGGUGAAGGGUGAGGAGGAUGAGGGUGAAGAGAAGUAUGAGGUGGUGAAACUCAAGAUUCCCAUGGACAACAAGGAGGUCCCGAGCGAGACGCCGGCGCAGUCCGCCGACCCGGCGCGCCCCCACGCGUGCCCGGACUGCGGCCGCGCCUUCGCGCGCCGCUCCACGCUGGCCAAGCACGCGCGCACGCACACGGGCGAACGGCCCUUCGCGUGCACCGAGUGCGGCCGGCGCUUCUCGCAGAAGUCGGCGCUGACCAAACACGGCCGCACACACACGGGCGAGCGUCCCUACGAAUGCCCAGAGUGCGACAAGCGCUUCUCGGCCGCCUCGAACCUGCGGCAGCACCGGCGGCGCCACACCGGCGAGAAGCCGUACGCAUGCGCGCACUGCGGCCGCCGCUUCGCGCAGAGCUCCAACUACGCACAGCACCUGCGCGUGCACACGGGCGAGAAGCCGUACGCGUGCCCGGACUGCGGACGCGCCUUCGGCGGCAGUUCGUGCCUGGCGCGCCACCGACGCACGCACACGGGCGAGCGGCCGUACGCAUGCGCCGACUGCGGCACGCGCUUCGCGCAGAGCUCGGCGCUGGCCAAACACCGGCGCGUGCACACGGGCGAGAAGCCACACCGCUGCGCCGUGUGCGGCCGCCGCUUUGGCCACCGCUCCAACCUGGCGGAGCAUGCGCGCACGCACACGGGCGAGAGGCCCUACCCUUGCGCGGAGUGUGGCCGCCGCUUCCGCCUCAGCUCGCACUUCAUCCGCCACCGUCGCGCGCACAUGCGGCGCCGCCUCUAUAUCUGUGCUGGCUGUGGCCGGGACUUCAAGCUACCCGCAGGUGCCACAGCCGCCACUGCCACUGAGCGCUGCCCGGAGUGCGAGGGCAGCUGAGUCGCCGUUCUUGUCGCCCCGGGGCUGCGAGUGCCCGGCUGGGGAGGGGAGCGCUGGUACUUAGACGUGGCUGCAUUAAUCUGGACUCCUCCUGCACCGUGGCACCUGGGCCUGGGAAAUGGUGAGACGGCAGGCCUGGCUGCCCUGGAACUGGGAGGCAGGGAGAAUCCCCUGCCAGGGUCCCUGGAAACCAUGCCCACCUUCCCCUCACUACAUUCCUUUGGCCCGUGUUAGUGAAUAAAGUAUUAUAUCCUCA